AUGACGUCGAGCGCGGCGAGUAGCGCCAUCGAGGACUCCGACGAACCCUCGCGCGAGGGGGACCCCGAGGGGGACGGUGGCUCCGACGAGAGGACUAAGUCCCACACGUCCCACUCGGGGGCCACAAAGAGGAGUCGGAGCGGCGGGAGGGGGAAAAGCGCGAAGCAGGCGCGCCCCCUCGACAGCUCCAGCGGGGAGGAGGAAGACCUCCUCCCCGAGAGAAAGAACGGAAGGGGAAGGCCCAUCACAACGGGGAAAGGUGUCCAUGCGGCUGCCCUCAAGGAGGCCAACAGGACUCUCAACGCCCUGAAGAGGCAGCAGCGCGACGCCGAGAGAGUCCUCCAGGGGGACUACCAUCCCCGCCAGUUCGAGGGCGCCGAGAGAAGGAAGAGGGUGAGGGAGCUGGAGGAACAAAUCCCCCAGCUCCCCACCCGCGACCUGGUGGCAAAGGUGCUCGAACACGCCAGCAGGGCCGAUGAGGCCGCGAGGGUGAGUAAAAACCUCAAAGGCUCCCUGGCUGGCGCUAUAAGAGACGCGGCCCUAUAUACUAGGGUCGCAGUGGACGCCCUCUCUACGAGGGCGAGCGGAGGGAUGAGCGAGAGGGAGGAGCAAUUGAGGGAAGAGCUCGCGGCCCUCAAGGCUCUAGUCGCCGACCUCCUGCGAGAGAGAAACGACAGGGACCGGGAGAAGAUGCCGCCACCCCCCGACCCACCCCUGGCGGGGCGGGAUACCAUCCCCGCGGGAGAGACGGUGCGGGAGGAGGAAAUGCCGGAGGUGACCGACGCUGAGUUGCUAAUAGACCCUUCUCCCCCCGGGAAGGUGGCGGAUCCUCCGCCCCCGGAAAAAAAGACCUGGGAGGUGGUCACGCCGAAGGCUGGCACCUCCCGGGUCCCAAAGCCGGGGAGGGAGAGAUCGCGGACAAGGGGAAAGGAGAGGUCCUCCUCCAGGAAGAGGACCGAUCCCCCUCAAAGCCAGGCGAAGAACCCCCCUCCACCAUCCCCCCAGGCCCCGAAGAAAACGGGGAAGCCCCUGCUGGUGAAGGCAGGAGAGCUCACGGGGGAGAUGGUGGAGAGGAGGAUUCAGGAGGCCGUAGAUCGGUCCCAAAGGGAGAUCCUCCAGAAAAUGGAGGAAAUGUUCCGGGCUUUUGUCGGCGGCGGGGCCC